CACGCGUCUGGCCAGUUGGUCUAAAAUCGGGCUGGCCUGCUGGAGCCUGGUCCUCUCCCAGCGCAUUGUUGAUUGAUUCACGGCAAGAGCGAGCGAGACGCCAAGAACUCGGACGGGGAAGUCGUGAGGCCGCCUGCCUCCGCCCGCCCAGGACUCGAUCUCGAUCCCCGCCGACAAGCGGAUCCCCCGUCCUCCCGCCCGCGCCCGCCCAGGAUUCGAUCUCGAUCCCCGCCGACAAGCCGAUCCCCCGUCCUCCUGCCUGCGAGAGAGAUCGGACGCCGCGGGAGCGCCCGGAUCCCGCCAUGAAUCCCGAGUAUGAUUACCUCUUCAAGCUUUUGCUUAUUGGAGACUCAGGUGUUGGCAAGUCAUGUCUGCUGUUAAGAUUUGCUGACGACUCAUACCUGGAUAGUUACAUCAGUACUAUUGGAGUUGAUUUUAAAAUACGGACCGUGGAGCAGGACGGAAAGACUAUCAAGUUGCAAAUCUGGGACACUGCUGGGCAAGAACGUUUUAGAACUAUUACCAGCAGCUACUACCGAGGGGCCCAUGGGAUUAUUAUUGUCUAUGACGUGACAGACCAAGAUAGCUUCAACAAUGUGAAGCAGUGGCUCAACGAGAUUGACCGCUAUGCCAGUGAGAAUGUGAACAAGCUUCUCGUGGGGAACAAAUGUGAUCUGGCUGACAAAAGAGCUGUGUCAUAUGAAACAGCAAAGGCAUUUGCUGAUGAGAUUGGCAUCCCAUUCAUGGAGACCAGUGCAAAGAACGCCCUGAAUGUUGAACAGGCUUUCAUGGCCAUGGCUGCUUCGAUCAAGGAUAGGAUGGCGAGCCAGCCAGCCGCAAACAACGCUCGCCCAGCUACUGUACAGAUCCGCGGGCAACCUGUCGAGCAGAAGGCCAGCUGCUGCUCUUCUUAGAAAACCAUGCAAACUUGUUGAUGCUCCGUCACCUUUAUACAUGUUUUCUUAUUUGUUUUUACUUGUUAUCUUUAUUCUUUUCUUUCUAGUGUACCUGCCUUCUGAAAUUGUGUAACUUGGAUGAAUAUAUAUCUUCUUACAUUUGCAGUUGUUUCUAUGGUUAACUUGGGGUGACACUGCUGGUCAUAGUAUUCGAUCUGUAUCUAUAUGGUUCUAUUACUAACGAUAUUAUAUGAUAGCCGAUUUCCUUUU